AUGAAAAUAUCAUAAGAAAUUAUUGGUACUGGUUUAACUAGCUAAGUAAAAGUUGUUUAGAUUAAAGAAGAUUAUUAUGCUAUAAAAAAAUUCAGAGAUAAUUAUUCUGUAAAAUAGAUUCGAAAAGAAAUUAAUAUUUUAAAAUACCUUAAUCAUCCUAAUAUUAUAUAGAUAAUAGAUUAUAAUCUUGAAAGCAAAUAUAUUAUAACAGAGCUUUUGAAUAAGAUGGAUUUGUUUGAUAUUUUGGCUAAGAAUAAGAAAGCAUUUAAAAUAAAUUCAAUAAAAUACUUUAGUAAAUAAUUGGCAUAAGUUAUAUAAUAUUUACAUGAAAAAGGAUUUGCACAUAGGGAUAUAAAAUUAGAAAAUAUAUUGUUAGAUGAUAAUUUCAAUUUAAGAUUAUGUGAUUUUGGAUUGGGUGAAGAGAUGGACUCAAAUUUAGUAUAAAAAAGUUUAGGAACUUUAGGAUAUUUAGCUCCUGAAUUUUAUAGUGAUGGACUUAUAAGUGCUUAAGAAUUAGGAAAAGCAGAUAUUUAUUCAUUAGGAAUAUGUAUAUUUGUUUUAGGAUUUGCACAUCCUCCAUACAAAUCGAAUACAACGUAAUGUCCAUAUUGGAAUUUACUUUAAAUGGGAUAAUGGUAAUAAUAUUGGGAAUUAAUUGAUAAAUAGAAUAAAUUUAAUUAAGAUUUUUAUAGUUUUAUAGAGGGAAUGUUAGAUUAAGAUCCAUCAAAGAGGUUUACAAUAUAGGAAGUGCUUUAACAUCAAUUUUUGAUAGGAGAAUGGAAAGAAGAAUUUGAGAUGGAAAUUAGAGAAAGAUUAUUUAAAUAGUGAGACAGGUGUCUUUAAAU